CGGGCGUCCGUAGGUACGCGGGCGUCCGUAGGUACGCGGGCGUACCUAGGUACGCGGGCGUCCAUGUAGGUUUAGCCAAGGUCGAGUAGUCUGAAAAUUGUAAACAACAACUCAUUAGAGAGAAUUAUGCUUUUAUUGAGAUUUAUUUUUGACUUAUAUUUAGUAUGCUGGUUGUUUUUCAAUACAUUCAAAUUACACUCUUAUCUCUUUCAUACUCUAGAGGAGGGGGUUGCGUGGGGGUAUAGUCAAUCACCGGAGGAUGUGCACGACGUAUCGGACGCUAUGCUUUUUGACUUUGACGACACGGACUCACAGCUUUGUUCUCCACAGGACGACUUUGAAAAUGACAUCGACAUCACACUGCUUCGUUUCGAUGACGGUCUUAAUACUAGUGUUGACUCCAGCUUUACUAGACUGAUUCUACUGGCUGUUCAAAAUUCUCUGCCAAAACACUACGUUAAUAGCACAAUUAGGGAAUAUAGGCAGGCCAGGGGAUACCGGAACCAGAUAGGUCGCGGUCGUUUUGACAGUCCAGCUGGCGGCGAGGUUCGGCCACGCCAGUCAGACACGCGAACUGGAAAUAGCCAGGCGGUGGGUCCUGAUAUAGCGGACCCUCACCAAGCAAAUCAACCUACCGAAGGUUCUAUCGGCAAUGUUAGCGACUCCGAGGGCUACAUUCAAAUUGAACAUCCGGGUGACAGCGAAAAUUCAGAUUCUGAAGAGACUGACCACAUACGCCUCGAGGUACCUAGCGACGACGAAGCCGUCGAACACAACACCAUCGAUGGUGAUGACAGCCCCGGGCGAGACCGCCCCAUUACUGACUUUUACGAUGUGACAUGCACUUUUAUAAAUACUUUCAAAUAUUAAAUAUUGUUGGUACAACUGAUUAUUCCUACCCAAUGUAUACUACUUCUCAACACAGCACAUACUGAGACUGUACUGAUAUGCCACCUUUAAAAAGGUUUAGUAACUACUGUAUCACAUGAUCUAGGUCACAUGAUAAUACAUGUACUUUAAUGUUGGGCCUGCUUUUGAAUCUUCUGGAUGUGGUUUAUUUUCCAUACUUUGUACAAUUUCUAAACAAGUUAUAUUGUCUCAGUAUAUUAUUCAUAUAGUUAGUUUUCAAGGUUAACAUAUAAUCUCUAUGUUGAAAUAGGUAUUUUUUAUAUACCGUUUGUAAUUUUGAAGUUAUUAGGAGUUUAAGGAAAGACUCAAGAUGUUUUGCAAAUCUCAACAUCAGCCAUAUUGGAUUUCAUUCUUUUGUUUGUUUACAACAUUUUCACUUAGGUUCAAAUGUACAUUUUUAGGUUAGUUCCUAGCCGACUUACUUUACCAUAUGCCCACACUCACAGCCCAAGUAGCUUUAUUGUCAGGUAAAAUUCCACUCUUGUUAUCUGAUUUAUAUUUGUAGUAUGUGUAAGGUCAAUACGACAUUUUGUAAGGUCAACUUGAUCCUAUUGACCAUAUUGAACAAGUCAUGCUUCAUGUGUUUUGAUGUUUAUAUAAUGCUUCAGGCGUUGUGUGG